AUGAAUGUAGAAAUAUCCCAGGUAUCUGUGGAAAAUACUUUUCCUCCAGAAGCUAUUAAAUUAUCAACUGAUGUAGAGCAAUCUGAGGUAGUGGAAAAUAGUAAUAUAUUACCAGGGUUCAGCAGGCAGCAGGCAGGCUGUGAGAUCAAAGAAAAAAUAUUUGAAGGAAGUGAGCUAAGUUCUAUGGGAAACAUUGCAACUCCAGAAGCACAGAAGUCAGCAGUCAGCUGCCAGAUUCCUGAUACUACAAACCUGGAAGGGACAAGAAUUGGAUACAGCAGUGAGCACCAGCAAGUGGAUGAGAAUGGGAAACAGGAAGUGACUGAAAAAAAUUUGUGCUGCUUCCUCACUGGUACUGAAACUAUGGAAAAUAUUUUGAUCCCUCAAGCCCUUCUGGGUCUCAGCACAAGUGCAACAAGUCAGGAAUUUUUGGUUUUUAGUGUUGAUAAGAAACAACAGCAAAUAUCCUCGAAAGGAAUAGAAGACAACUACUUUGGGGAAAAUGUAGGUCAUCUUCAACAAGGUGAAGAAAAUAUUCCCCAACACUCAAUCACAGAAUGUCCUGCUCAGUGUCCUAAUUCUGAGAUGCCGAAAGAGGUAUUGAGCCUUGAGCCUGAUGUGGAAAAGCCUGAUGUGGAACAUCAGCAAACCAGUGAGAAUGCAACAAAUGUUAAUAUUGCUGCUGAAUGUAUAAGCAGUCUUCAGGUAGGUAUGAAAACCACCCUUCUGGAAUCCAUCACAUUGAUGCAGAAUCCACCUGUUCCUCAAACCCAUGAAGCAGAAGAGUAUGAUCUGUCUCUGGCAUUUAGACAACAGCCACAAAUCUGCAGAAGUCCAAUGGAAGAAAACAGCACUGAGAAUAAUGUAUGCAGUCUUAUGACUGGAGUCGAAAAUGUAACUGGACUGACGAUAGAAUUAAUAGCUGGCUUGGAGAAUCGCCUCACAGAGGAGGCAGUGAAAAAUCUGCUGGGGCUCAGCUGUGAAAACAAUCAGCAGAAAAAAUGCAGUGAUGAACAGAAUGAGGAAAUUUAUGUUGAAAAUGUACAUGGCUUCCAACUGGAUGUAGCAAAAGACCUCCCAGAUGAACUGAUUCCCCGUGAAGUGACCCAUUGUCACGAAGAAGUGAAAGAAGCAUCACCUCGUUUUGCUAAUCAACAGCAGCAAAUAUGUAGCAAUGAGGCAAAAGGAAAUGCCUCUGAAGAAAAUCUUUGCAGGAUUGAGAUGGUUUCAGAAGCCGUUGGGUUGACACCUGGUUCAGAGGCUCCUGAAACAUCAAAAAAAUCUCUGCCAGUUGUAAGUGAACAGCUGCUAACAGGUAUCAGUACAAUGGGAGAUAGCAUUUCUGACAUGUGCCAUCAGACAGGCAGUGAGCCUGUACCCACAGGAAUCAUGAAACUAACGGCCAGCCUACACAAUCGUGAUGAAGUAAAAAGAAAAGAGCCAUUGCAAAGCUUUUGUGGAGAUCUAAAUCAAGAACUCAACCUCAAUGUUGAAUCAAAAGAAAAUCUUCAGGAAGAAACUGUGCAGGUAUCAAGUACAAGUGCAGAGGACCCUGAGUUGUCAGUGAGAAAAGAAUUGACAACUUGCACACGGGCUGCCCUGACCGAGUGCACAAUGGGUUUCAGUGGUGACCAGCAGACAGAAAGGAUAGACAGACUUCAAGUUGGCAUUGCAGCUAAUUCGUUUCCAGAAACUACAGAAUUGAUACUCGAUAUUCAGAUUCCUGAUGUGGAGAGAGUAUCCAUUUUUAGUAAUGAGCAGCAGAUAUGCAGCGAUAAAAUUGAAGAGGCAGGAGCAGAUGGGAAAGCUGUCUCUUCCUUACAGAGUAGUGCAGACAAUAUUAUUAACCCUGAAAGUAUGGAAUUGGCACCACCGAUAUUUCAGGAUUCUGUCACCCCUGAACUGAUGGCUUUCAAUAAUGAGCAACAGCAAAUAUGCAGCAGUGGAAUGAAGACAGCAACCUCUAAAGAAGGUGGCAGUAUAGAAGAUAACUUGUGCCCAGAUACCACCUUGAUGUUCCCAUCUAGUCUUUCAAAAAAUUAUAACAUGGACUUUGGGGAAAAGCUUUCAGAUUUCAGUACAGAAGAGAGCAUCGCAGAAAAGAACCGCUUUAAAUCAGAAUCUGAUACUGAAAUCACUGCGUCCUCAGACACAGCAAAAUUUCAAUCCAACUUGCAGAUUCAUGAGCCGUGGAAUGGAAAAGAUUAUUUAUUAGCUUCCAGUGUUGACAGUGUCAAGAACCAAAACUCCAGUGAAGAAUCAGAAAAAAAUGUGAAGAACAUUAAAAUCGGUGAAGAAAGUGUAAUCCUAGAAGCCACAAAACUGACAUCCAUGUGUCAGGACCCUGAAGGAGUGGAGCUGAAGGGAAUGUCAUUGGACUCUGAGAAUGAGCCACAGCAAACUUGCAACACUAAAAGCAAAGAGGCAAGCAACAUUCUGAUUGAUAGCAAGAAUAUUUCAGUCCAAGCGCCUACAGAAUUGUUGUCUAGCUCCCAGAAAUUUGAUACUAAAAAAAAUGGGGAUAAAUUGUCAUGUUUCAGCUGCGACAUUAAACAACAGUCAAGUGAUGAUGAGACAAAAUUGAGUAUCUUCAAAGAAAAAUCAUGCUUUGAUGAGAAGGGUAUAGACAUUUCUGUACUUCCAGGAAAUGUGCAGUUGUUAUCUCGCUCUGGUAUUGUUACUGAACUGCAGGAAACAACAAGCGGUACACUCAGCAAAGCUCAGCAAAUAUCCAUUAAUGAAACAAAAGAAGAUAUAGCUGUUGCAAAUGCAGGUUGCCGUAAAAGUGUAAUCCCAGAAUCCAAUGAGUUAAUUUGUAAUUCCCUGUGCUGUGAUGCAACAACAAAAGAAGAAAUUUUAAAUCAAACAUAUGGCAGUGAGGAACAGCAGAUCCUGAACCUGAGUGGAAAAGAAAGUGUUAAUGGGAAUAGUUUUGGGAGCAUUAAAAAAGGCAUGACUUUUGGAACAGAACCAGAGACAGAUUUUCCUCUUUGCAAUCUCUCUGUUUCUGAAGCUGUCAAAGUAAACCAGCUUUUGGCUGUAGCUUCAGACAGUGAACAAUAUAACAAUCUAAUGUCACAUAGUACAUGUGAGAAGGAAUUAAGUUUAGAGAUGGAUUUUGCUUCAGGAAAUGACAAACUCCCAGAGGAAGUGGAGAAAGAGAUCAUCUCAGCAGGAGGCACAGAUUGUAAAAACCAUGCUGCGUCUCGGGGAAUGCAGCUUCUCAAAUCCAUGACCAUUGAAAACAAGGAACCCAGCAAUGCAACUGAACACCUGCUCUCAUUGCACGUUAGAGACGGAACAGAAAGCAACUUAGAAAUUGAUGCCAAAGAACAGGAAAGCAUUAUAGGUGUUCUACCAUCGGGGAGUUGUGCUGGAAUAGAUCCAAAUUCCAUUAAGAAACAAUCUUGUGUGUCUGAUAUUGAAUUUGGAAAUGAGUUCUUACUUGCAAUAGAACGAUCAGCCACACCAGACCACAGUUCUCCCCACACAUUAGCAGAUGUAAAGGAAGAGGAGGUUCUGCCUGCUGUAUGUGCAAACACUGAGGUCAAAGUAACUGAAAAAGGACUUAAGGAAGGAUUAAAGACUGAAAGUCCUUCUCCUGAAUUUGCCUCCUCUUCACCUCUGCAUGAAAAGGAUGCUGAGAGUGUAAUUUGCACAGUAACAAGAUGUGCAUUGGAUAACACCAGACUGACCACAAGUACUUCCUUGGCUUCUGAAAGGAAAGAACCAGUUCCAUAUCCUCUUCCUGCAUCUGUUGCUCCUCAUCCUUCAAAGCUCGCCAAGCUCGCUAAGCCACCAGAUGAUGCUACAAUUCUCCAGAAUCAACUUGAGCAGUGUCAAUUAAGGGUUUCCUUGGCUUCUGAAAAAGAAGAGUUGGUUUUGCCUGCGUUUCUCGCAUCUAUUGCUCCAGAUCCUUCACAGCACUCUGAGCAUCUUAAGCCACUGGCUGAUGCUGAAGUUUUCCAGAAACAUCUUCCACAGACUCCAAUAAGUGUUUCCUUGAUUUACGAAAAAGAAGAGUCAAUUUCACCUCAGCCAAUUGCACCUCUUGCUUCUCAUCCUCCACAAAACGUAGAGUGCACUAAGCCAUUGGAUGAUGCUGAAGAUUUCCAGACUCGCCUUGAACAGACUCUAUUAAGCAUAUCAUCACUUAGUGAAAAGCAAGAAGAUUUCCCACAUCCACUGUUUGCAGUUACUCCUCAGAUUGUACAGCCUCAGCAGAAACAAGAGUCCUCUGAACAAAUUACUAACAGUCCUACUGUACCUCCUUGCCUCAAAGAUACAGACAGUUCUGCUCUGCUGUUGGGUUUUCCUUCUGUCUCGAAAAAUGAUGUACUUCUUCAGGACGUUGCUGAACAGUCCAUUUUAAGCAAUACUGUGUGCAGUGACGUUACCGAGUCAAUUCUUCUUCCUGCUCCUCCUUUAGCCGGUGACACAGAUGCUGUUGGUGUUGAACACGUUUCAAUAAGUGUUCCAGUGCCUUCUGAAUGUGAACAGCCAGUUCCUCCUCUUCCUCUACCUCUACCUCUUCCACUUCCACCUUUGCAAUCUGAUGAUGCAGAUAAAACAACCACUGACAUAACAGGGCAACAAAAACACCUUGUCAGUGUUUCUUUGUCAAGUGAUUCUGAAGAGCCAAUCGUUCCUGCUCUUUCAUCUGUACCACCUCUUUCACCUGAAGGGAGUAACAACCCACAGGUUGAUGUGACAGACCUGCAGGAACUUGUGAGGCAGCCCAGCAGCUCAACAUCUCUAAAAUAUAACAAAGAACUGCGAAUGCUGAAGAUCUGAAAUGAAAGCAGAACUCUUUGGAGAAACUGAGCAGGAUCCCAAGACACUCUCCCAACAGGAACUCU